AUGGUGGCGGAUCUUGCGUUCUCGGUGGAGGCGACGGAGCCCUCGUUCUCAACGGCGGCGGAGCCUUCGUCCUCAGAAAAUGUCGAUGACAGAGAUAAGCGGGAGAGGGGUGAAUCUAGUUUGCCUGCUAAUGCUGAUGAAGAUGUAGAUGGACAAUUGAUGGAACAAGCUGCAGAUGAAAUCGACUGCGCCGAGGAGGACGGCAUCGUGGUGUUCCAGGGCGGCAGCAGGGUGAAGGCAGACGCCAUCGUGCACUACACUGGGUACAAGUACAGCUUCUCGUUCUUCGGCGACGACUCUGCUAUCACGGUGGACGACAACCACGUCGGCCCGCUAUACAAGCACGUGUUCCCGCCGCGGCUGGCCCCUAGCAUCUCCUUCGUCGGACUGCCAUUCAAGGGAUUCCUUUUCCGGGUGUUCCAGCUCCAGAGCAGCUGGGUGGCCGGGGUUCUGUCGGGGAGGAUCGAGCUCCCGUCGUCAGAGCAGAUGACGCAGGACGUGGCGUCCUUCUACUCAGACAUGGAGGCCCGCGGACACUCAAAGAGGUUCACCCACGACCUGGGCGUAGGCACAUUCGAGUACGAGGAUUGGCUGGUUGAGCGGUGCGGGCUGGAGAGGAUCGAGGAGUGGAGGAAGGAGAUCUAUGUCGCGGCGAGAGGCAGGGUGAGGGACCAGCCGGACAGCUACCGGGACAAGUGGGAUGACGACGCCCAACUGUUGGAGCAAGCGCAACGUGAGAUCUCGCCAAGUUCUGAUCUUACCUCAUCGAGGGCUACUUGCGGUUCGGCUUAUUCGGAAAUGGAAUGGUUGAUGAUAUGA